GGGAGCGCCGCGGCCUCAGGGCGGCAGCGGCGGCACCGGGAGGACCGGGCCGGGCGGGACGGGACCGGACCGAGGGACCCGCGGGGAGCGGCGUGAGAUCUUUGAGAUACCACCGAGACUUGGUCACCGGGGGGUGGAUUGCUGAGGAUACUGCUCUGCCCUCUGCACUCAGGACAUGUACGGCUGAAGGGCUCAGCCCCUUUCCUGGCUGCAGGGCAGCGCUGUUUUCCUUCCCACCAUGUGACCUGGCACACCUGCACAACAAAUAGCUCCUUUUUCCAAAGAAUGAGCACAUGCCGAUGGUGCACACCGAGUGGUGCUGACACCACCGACUUCCUGAAGCACUAUGCUGCUCAGAGGCUUUCCCAGGAAGAUUUUGAAGGAUCCAAUGAUGACCUCUGUUACUGCCUGGAGUGUGUGGUUGAAUAUCACAAAGCAAGGGAAGAAUGUCCAAGAUUGCAUGAGAACCUGUGGGAGUUGGAAACCUCGCGCCUCGUUGCCCACAUGGAGAAAUCCAUGAACGAGGAAACAGGAGAAGAUGAUGAGUUGUUUCUGAUCGAUGAGCGUGGGGAGACACCUCUGUCUGGUUUUGUGGGCCCAAAUUUUGAGAACAACCUGCGAGUGCCCAUGCUGGAAAUACUGAAAUACCCGUAUCUGCUGCUGCACGAGAAAGUCAGUGAGCUGUGUGUAGAAGUGCUCUGUAAAAUGGAGCUAAGUCAUGACUCCUUUCAGGUCUUUGAGAAAUACCCAGGCAUUUAUCUCUUUUUGGUACACCCAAAUGAGGUGAUUCGUCGAUGGGCCAUCCUAACGGCAAGGAAUUUAGGAAAGGUUGACAGGGAUGAUUACUAUGACUUAGAGGAAGUGCUGACCUGUUUGUUCAAAGUUAUUGAGUUGGGGCUUUUUGAGAAUCCAGAUAUUUACAGCUCCUCAAUGUUUGAAAAGGGCAGACUCAUCCUUCUGCCAGCUCAUUUGUAUGAUACAGCCAACUACAAGAACUAUUGGCUGGGAAUUUGCAUGUUGCUGUCAGUGCUGGAGGAACAAGCUAUGGACUCUUUGUUACUGGGCCCAGACAAACAAAAUGAUUUCAUGCAGUCUAUACUUCACACUAUGGAGAAAGAAGUAGCUGAUGAUUCCACUGACCCCUUCUGGCCUGCCCUGCACUGUUUCAUGGUUAUUUUGGAUCAGCUCGGAUCAAAAGUUUGGGGUCAGCUGAUUGAUCCUGUCCAAGCCUUUCAAACCAUAAUCAACAGUGUGAGCUACAACAAUGAAAUCAAAAAUAUUCGCAGUAGCUUCAGGAGGACAAAAGCUGAACCAGAGUCAGACUACGGUGAUGACAUGAUUUCUUGCAGUCAGAUUGUGUAUAAUUAUAACACAGAAAAGCCUCAAAAGGACACUGGCUGGAAGGCUGCCAUCUGCCCAGAAUACUGCCCCAACAUGUAUGAAGACAUGCAGACCCUGGCUAACAUGCUUCAGUCUGACAUAGGCAGAGACAUGCGUGUCCAUCACGGCACAUUCCUCUGGUUCAUCCCUUUUGUUCAGUCCCUUAUGGAUCUCAAAGACUUGGGUGUAGCCUAUAUAGUAGAGGUCAUCCACUACCUCUGCUCAGAAAUCAAAGAUAUCCUCAUCGAAGGAUUCCAGCAGUGCGACAAAAUCUCCGAGUUCUUCCUCCUCAUCUUGGUGUCCAUUGUUGAGCUACACCGAAGUAAGAAGUGCCUGCAUUUGCUGUGGAUCAGCUCCCAGGAGUGGGUGGAGGCGGUGGUGAGGUGUGCCACGCUCCCGAGCAGCGCCUUCACUCGGUGCAGCGAGAAGGCGCUGGGGCUGUGUGCCAAGGGCUCGGGGCCUUUCCAGGCCCCCAGCUCGGUGCAGCACGCCUGCGUGCAGCUCAUCCGCAGCCUGCUCAAGGAGGGCUACCAGAUCGGCCAGCACACCCUGUGCAAGCAGUACCUGGACAAACUCAACCUCCUCCUGCGGGGAAAUCGAGCUGUGGGCUGGCAGCUGAGCAGCCAGGAAACCCAGGAGCUGCGAACGUGUUUAAGGCAAGUUAUAAGAAGUAUAAAGGGCAAACCACUAAGCACCGCUUUGGCUGGAGGAAGCAGUUCAAACUCAACAGCUUUGCCACCUGUCUCUCUAAAGCCCGAGAGGAACGGGUGUGAUGAUGGAUACAAGAUGAGUGGACAUGAGAGAGAGGACCUUUAUUCACCACUUGUCAUGUCAAAGGAAGGCAGAGACUGUCAAGAGAACCCUUCCCACAGGAGAAAAAAUGCCUGGGAAGAGGACUGUAGAGAUGCAUGUAGUAGUUCAAAGUCUUGCACACCCACAGAAGGCAUCUUGAUGAAUAUUAAAAAGGAGCCUGGUGACUUGACAGCUCAGGAGUUUAUCUUCGCACAGAACCCUUUGGCAACAAAAGUAUUUGGGAAAGUUGAGGAGAAUAGGAGCUAUAAUCUUGCAGCGGGGAAAUGCAAUAUGGACGAUCAGUGCUUCAAUUCAAACAACCAGCAUUCAGGAGAGGAUUUGAGGAGAGGCAGAGAGUUAGAAAUGAAACACAGAACAGAACCCGAAACAUCAUCAUAUCUGCCUGCUCAAACUCAUCUUGAUUCUCCAUCUUCAAGGAAUUGCAAAAGUGUGCAGGAGACAAGUGCAAACAGUGUGUUGCAGUUUGGACUGGUCCCCAAUAAACAGGUGUCCAAGGAAGCAUCACUAGAUUGCUCUAACUCCUCUAGAAAUGAACCUGGUGUGCAAGGGAAGGAAAAUGACAGUACUUUGCUUCUAGGACGUAAUGACACCUCACUGAAAAAAGUACCAAUAGAAGAAAAAUCACAAUCAUCCUUGAUGUCCUUCUUUAAGAAAAAGACUAACAUGCAAACUUCAGGUCAAGAGCAGCCUAAUCUAAAUGAUUUGGAUAAGUAUGACUGCGAAAAUCAAUUUUCAGAGACCUUUUGUAGGGAUAAAACUCCAGCGUGUGGCUAUUUUCCGUAUAGCUCUGAAAACAAGAGGGAUAUGAACAGGCCUCUGUCAGUGAAGCGUGAAUCAAGUGACAGGUUGUUUGAGUUUUCAGAAUAUUUCAAGAGGGAAAACAGUUCGGUGGGGAAGAAAGAGGAGGAUUUUGUGAAGAUGGUUUCUAAUGAUGAUGCUUUAUCAGAUUCCCAGGUUGAUAGAGAACUCAGUAAAUUGUCUUUAGUUGCUUAUGCCAAAAGUGUCAAUUUUCCUGUUGCAUCCAACCAGGAAAGCUCAGUGUACCACAAUGUGUCUGAUAUUAAAAGGAAAGUGAAAGGUUCUGUAAGAUCUUCCAACGAGGGCCAAAGUACCAGGUGUCCCAGUGGUGCAGAUGGCCCUAGCAAUCAAGUCAUUGUCAUUUCAGACUCUUCUGAUGAGGAAAAAUGCGUGGCCAGCAAGGAAGAAACAAAAACCAAGAGUGAAAAUGUAUGUGCAGAGCAAUCUGCAACAUCCAGCAGCACUUCUGAUGGUGCCACUAAAAGAGAAUCAGAGUCUCCAGGCUCUCCCUUAUUACUGGAUGACUGCGAUUCUCAGUACUUUGAAUUUGAAACAGAAGCUGAGGUUUUUUCGGCUUGGCAGGAUACGCAAGCGUAUGCUGCGGAAGCAACUCAGGAGUAUAAACAAGAUCAUGUUUCACCACCAGCUGAGACCAGUAAUUCAGAUGACUGCCUGAUUGAUGACUUAAAUGACUGGGGCUAUGAUCUUCAUUACUUUAGUGAUGAUGCCAUGGAAGAAUCAGCAAACUCAAUAGAAAAGCAGGAGGAAGAUACUUCUCAUCAGAAAGAGGCUGAUGAUAAAAAAGAAGCAACUGCUUCAACCUCGAAAGAAUCAGCUGGCAGUGAAGUUGCAAAGGAUCAACUGGAGAAAUGUGCAAACAAAGGUACUGCUAAAGGCUUUACCCUGGACUCCAAAUUGCCUAAACUCAGAGCAUCUACAUCUCCCAUGUCAUUAGCUUCAAAGUUGGCCCUUAAGAAGAAUAGCACAAGCCCGCAGAAGACCGCAGCAAAACGUAAAUCAGCACCGGCUCUUCAGAGAAGUCCUAAAAAACCUCCCGUUGUUAAAGCAGCCAAAAAUAAAACGCCGCACCAAAGCACGACAGAACGUUCUCAGCCUGGCAGGUCGACGCCUGCCGUGGUUCCUCCAAGGAAGGUUCGGCAGAGUCCUGCUCCAGCAUCGACUGUGGAGAAGCUUGGCCUGAAGAAGGGCCCCCGCAAGGCGUUUGACUUGUCCCAGCCCUCCCUGGAGAGCCUGGCUCAGCUGCGCAGCCAUGGCAAAGCUGCAGGCAGGAUUGGAGUUGCGCAGAAAAAGAGGACCAAACAGAUCGAGGCUCAGCGUUUGUCUGUGAAAUACAAUAAAAAAAUGCUGAUCUGCCAAGACCGGCAUUAUCCAAGGCAGACAAAGCCCAAAAGAAGUGUGAAAAAUUAUGCAGGAAGUUUGGAGAGCAGAAACAAAGUUGCCAAAGCGUGUGCAAAACCUGUGGAACAAAAGCCUCACAGUUUCGAACUGGCAGCUAUUAAAGAAUCUGUUGAAAACCGAAGGGAGAAAAAAAGAGAAGAGGCUUUUUGGCCUUCUGCCAGUGAGAGAAAAUUUGAGAGCCUCUCUGUGGAGGAGGUGGCAAGUGCCUCUAAAAUGCCUUGUUCUUCAGACUGGAACAGAAAAUGGGAGGAUAACAGUGUGGUGGUUCCUCCUGUCCCUAUGGAUUCUAGUCUCUCUUCCACUGCACUUGGAGAUCAGAAAGAUGAGUCUUCAGGAAAAGGUUGCACUGUCCUGCCUGAGUGCGAGGUGAAAACUUCAAAGCAAAAUGGUUGUAAAUCAGAUGAAAGCAGUGAUGAAGGUGAUGAUAAUCUGUUUUUAACCCAGUUAGAUCCUGUGGAUAUGGAGUUAUGUUCUCAGGAGGAAAGUGUUCAAGAUGCUGUUAUAGGUAGUAAGACCCCAGAGGAAAUGGAUGUUGAUGAAAGUCUUCAGCAGAAUGAACCCUCAGCUGUUGUGAAAUGUAAGGACAAAGACUGUAUGGAACAGGUGGAAAAACCUGGAGAAUACUGCAGUAAACACCCAGCCACCAGCCCAGGAGCAGACCACGUCUUUGCCAAGCCUUCUCUCCUGCCACCUAAAAUAAGAAAGCCUUCCACUGCCAAAAUUUUCAGCACAACAAGUUCUUCACGGAACGCAGCCUUCAGCAAAGAUCUCGAAGAUGUCAGAAAGUUGCCCCCACCUUCAAAAAGCAAAGUGAAUGCGGCCAGAGCGGCGGUGGUCAGGCCACCACCAUAUCCAAAACCUGCACCAGCUGGAAACCCAACGUGCAGAUCUCCAAGUGUCAGUAAUGUACCUCAACCCCUUGGUUCCAAUAAUGUUCUCCAGUCACAAAAUAGACACCAUGACAAUGCUUCAAAUAUUUUCAGGGGUCCUGGCCGAGAAACCUACUCCUCUUUUCUUGGCGCUCAGCAGCGCGAUUACAGCAUUUUUGUUAACCAAGUCCUGAAGUGGACUUAUGAAAUGUUUGCGAACUUCAGCCUCUUUGGAACUCCAAAUAAUCUUCUGCAGUCCAUAGUAGCCUCUGUUCCUGUCAAAUUUCAGGGCUACAACGACUAUUUUAAUACAUUUUUUCCCUUGAUGAUGCUCAAUGCCUUUGAAACACUGGCACAGGAAUGGGUAGAAAACCAGAAAGCAAAAGAGAAAAGUUACUGCUUCUACUUACAGAGCUUUUCUGCUGACAUGAAUACAGCGCAUUUUACAGCUCAUCUACGAGAGAGUGAUUUGGCGAGGCAGCUUCAUCCAAAGGAGGAUGACUUAAUCCUUUUGGUGGUCCACAAGGAGAAGGACGCUUUUGGGGAGGAAAGUAGGCUGGAGAACCCCAUAGUGAAUCAUGUUGGCCUCGUGACACGAUUUUCUCGUGCAUCUGGCUACGCAAAUAGACAAAAAGAGCAGCAAACUGCCUGUCAUCUUACUGUGCAAACCCAAGGCAAUUUGUCAUUCCUCAUCCAUAAGCAAGUGAAGUGUGUGGUGGUUGGCUCCCUGGUGACCACACACAGAAAGUUCAAAGCUCUGCUGCUGCUGAGCAGGAGCCCCCUGGCUAGACCCAUCAUGAAUCCAAGUUAUAAUGACUUCUGUCCCAGAGAUCUGCCUGUUGCCUCAGGAAGUGCUGUGUCAUAUAUGAAUGAAUACAAUGAAGAUCAAAAGAGAGCCAUUGAGACAGCUUAUGCCAUGGUAAAGCAACACCCAGGACUUCCCAAGAUUUGCCUUAUCCAUGGACCACCUGGGACAGGGAAAUCGAAAACCAUUGUAGGACUCCUGUCCCGUGUUUUGAGAGAAAACACUAGGAAUGAGAAAACAGCUCAGAAAAAAAAUUCCAAGAUUAAGCCAAACCGUUUUCUGGUUUGUGCACCAUCAAAUGCUGCUGUUGAUGAACUCAUGAAAAAGAUCAUCGUUGCAUUUAAGGAAAAAUGCCAAAACAAACAGGAGCCUUUGGGAAAUUGUGGUGAUAUCAAAUUAGUGCGACUUGGUGCUGAAAAAUCAAUCAACAACGAAGUCCGGGGAUUCAGCCUGGAUAAGCAAGUUGAACACAGAAUGAAACGAAAGCCAGGUGACUGUGACCAGGACAUUCAGAAGAAGAAAGAAGCUCUGGAUGAGAAGCUGGACAGGCUCUCUCGAGAGCGUGCCAUGCACAAAUGUGAGAAGAGAGAGAAUCAAAUGUUAAAUGAUGAAAUUGGCAGACUUGCAAAGGAGAGACAACAACUCGCUUCUCAGCUGAAGGAGGUUCGGGGGCACUCCCAGAAGGUGCAGGCAGACAUCAUCCUGGAGUCUGACAUCAUCUGCUGCACGCUGAGCACCAGCGGGGGGAGCCUGCUGGAAUCGGCCUUCUCCCGGCAGGGCCUGGAUCCCUUCAGCUGUGUCAUCGUGGAUGAGGCAGGGCAGUCCUGUGAGGUGGAAACACUGAUUCCACUGAUCCAUCGCUGCAAUAAACUUGUCCUCGUUGGAGAUCCCAAACAGCUCCCUCCUACUGUCAAAUCAGUAAAAGCUCAGCAGUAUGGCUAUGACCAGUCUUUGAUGGCCCGUCUGCAGAGGCACCUGGAGGAGCAAGUGCAGAGGAACGUGCUGCGCAGCCUGCCUGUGGUGCAGCUGACAGUGCAGUACAGGAUGCACCCAGACAUCUGCCUCUUCCCAUCCAACUAUGUUUAUGGCAAGACUCUAAAAACUGCCAAGUCAGUAGAGGAGAACAGAUGUUCUUCAGAGUGGCCAUUCCAGCCCUACCUGAUUUUUGAUGUAGCUGAUGGUCGUGAGGAGCGAGACAAGGACUCUUACAGCAAUCCUCGGGAAGUGAAGCUGGUGAUGGAGUUAAUUAGAACAAUUAAAGAAAAAAGGAAUGAUCUGGGCCUUCGUCGCAUUGGAAUAAUUACCCCUUACAGUGCACAGAAAAAGAAAAUUCAGGAACAACUGGACAGUGCGUUUAAGAAUAACAGCCCAGGAGAAGUGGACACCGUGGAUGCCUUCCAGGGCCGAGAGAAGGAUUGCAUCAUCGUGUCCUGCGUGCGGGCAAACAGCUCCGAGGGCUCCGCUCCGGCGUAUGUGCAGGCAAACAAGGGAUCCAUUGGGUUUCUGGCAAGCCUCCAGCGACUGAAUGUCACCAUCACCCGAGCCCGGUUCAGCCUCUUCAUCCUGGGCCGGCUGCAGACGCUCAUGGAAGAUAAGAACUGGAAUCACUUGAUUCAGGAUGCUCAGAAAAGAGGUGCCAUUAUUAGGACAACAGAAAAAAAUUACAAGAAAGAGGCUCUGAGGAUUUUGAAGCUUAGGCCACCAGGACAAUCGCCAGCCAAAGGAGGAGCGAUGACAUCUCCUGUGGUGCAGGCUGGUUCUUCUAGUGGCAAGAGGAAUGAUCCUGGAAAUUCUGGGAAUGGCCCACAGGAACUUGCUGCUGGCCCUGGCCAUGCAGUGCCCCAAGGAAACCGAGGGCCCACUCCAGCUGCAGAUUCCAGAAGAGGCAGUGCUCCUGCAUCCAUGGGAGCUCCAGCUGCAGAUUCCAGAAGAGGCAGUGCCCCUCCAUCUGUGGGAGCUCCAGCUGCAGAUUCCAGAAGAGGCAGUGCCCCUCCAUCUGUGGGAGCUCCAGCUGCAGAUUCCAGAAGAGGCAGUGCUCCUGCAUCUGUGGGAGCUGCAGCUGCAGAUUCCAGAAGAGGCAGUGCCCCUCCAUCUGUGGGAGCUCCAGCUGCAGAUUCCAGAAGAGGCAGUGCCCCUCCAUCUGUGGGAGCUGCAGAUUCCAGAAGAGGCAGUGCCCCUCCAUCCGUGGGAGCUGCAGCUGCAGAUUCCAGGAGGGGCAGUGCUCCUGCACCUUUGGGAGCUGCAACACUUGCUGCCAAUCCAGAGAAACCACGGGACCCAAGGCUGGCGAGCCUGGCCAGUCGAACUGAAGCCAAAGGCAAGGAGCAGCCCUUGAGAGACGGCCAUCAGUCAGCCCAGAGCAACCCAGGAUCGACACCACAGCGAGGCCUGGAUGUGUCCUCAGCUGCCAGGGAUCACAUUUGCAGAACAGAAAAUGCCAAGAAGGCCCAGCAGACAGCAGGACAGUGCAGUGUGCUCCCCGCAGCCCCUCACACAGCUCAGCACAAGGGUGACCGGGGAGCAGCUGUGCCCAAAAGCGGUUCCAAAGCGGUUCAGAGCAGCAGCGGUGAGUGGAACAAGGACUCUCAUGGUUUAUCAAGGAGACCAUCCCAGGAAUCACCAGAGAACAGAGAAUCAAGCUCUGCCAAGAGAAGAAAGAUCUUUCCCUGACUUUACUAUCGGCUCAUUACCAAAAAUCUAUUCCCAGAUUUGUGUCUAGCAAGGACUCUAUUUUCAAUUAUUUAGCACGACUGGAACUCCCUUAUAUUGAUACCACUACUAUCAGUGGAUUUCCCAUCCUGCCCCUAAUUGUGAAGGGAUUUAAUACCUGACAGAUGGUACCUUUGAGGCUUUGAAGAGAGAAGUUGGGUAGCUGCAUUGCUUGGAAGAGCAGUGGGUUUAGUCAUAUAGGAAGCUGAGUUUGUAAAUGUUUAACGGUGUAUAUUUGUACAGUAUACAGAAUUAUUUUAAGAUACUUGGCAAGUACAUAGCUUCUUGUUUCCUUGUAUAAAUGCUAAUUUCUUAGAGAUUAAUUUUUUUAUGAAGAACCAGAGCAAAGCAAAAACAGAACUCAACCCCAAAAAUCCAAAUUUCCCUUUGCACUAAUAUGUCUAAUUUAUUUCCUAGCAAAACUGAAUGUUGAAAAUGUGGUAGCAGUGGUUCUUGCUCAUGCUCUACUACUGCCUCAGGGAAAAGUGAGGCUGAUGUACAUUGGUUGAAUGGAGAGGAUUCUACUUAUUUUGUAUAUUUUAUUGCCCGUUUUUAUAGGAACAGAAGAGUUUUGGUUUAUACAAACAUGCCUUGAGUUUUGCUCUUGCUGCUGCUUUAUCAGUUGGAAUACCUUUCUUGUUGCAGUGGCAACACAAUCUGCAGAUGCAAACCUGCGGAGGUCUGUUCGGUCCCACUGUGUCCUUAUGAGGAGGAAUCUCACUGUGGAAUCUUGGUCCAAGAUCUAGUUAACAGUUAUUGCUAAUAUCACUUGAGUUUCUUUGUAUGGAGCUUUUGGAGAUCUACAGGGGGAAAAGGGCAGGUAGUUCUUUCUAGGUGUUACUGGUAGAUUCUUUCUGCUGUGCUGAUGAAGAAUAUGCAGCCCCUAAAAGAGAACAGCAAGAAAACCAAAUUAUUUUUAAGAAAACCUUCCUCACAUCAUAACAUUUCAUAAUAAAAGUGGAAUUAUUUCUACUAAGAAUUCCUUGGGGUCACUGUGAAGUAUCACUUUUUGUUUCUUGGAGCUUGUGUGUCUCAGGAGGUGGAGAGCAGCAUUUGACGUGCACUGAGUUUCGUGUGGAGAUGACCCGAGGGUGCAGGUCUCAGGGAACGGAGGGGCUGCAGGGUUGGUGCCGAUUGUCUGCAUGGAGUGGGCCAGGUUGUGCCAUCUCCAGGUGUGAAGCAGGGAGUGUCCUGCUGUCCCUUGUCACAGCAUUGUGGCAGUGGCUUUGCUGGAGUAAGUGAGCCACAAUCUUCAGUUCCAUUUUUGUUAUUGCAGGGAGAAUUCCAGCUUUGUCCUUUGAACCCACUGCCAGGCAGGGCUGUGUGAUCCAGCUCAGGGAGACACCAGUGCCUUACUCUGCCAAGCACCAGGUGCUGCUUCAGGCUGCAGCUGCCAGGAAAACUCUCACCCCUAAUGCAUCCAAGCCCAGAACAAGCGUGCUUUACUGGUAGGAGCUGCCUUGGAGGUGUGUGGUUUAUUGCUGGCUGGGCCUGUCCAGCUCGUGCUCUGCAGGGCUGAGUGUUUCAGUGGAAUGGGGAGAGCCUGGGAGAUCCCUGUGAGGUGAGAUCAGCAUCUGUGCGUUGUUCAGCUUUAGUUAUUUGUUAUGUUGCAUUCUGAAUCCUUCAGUGACCCCUGACUCCUCCUGGCAGCCCUGUGUGCCCUUCUCCAGCUGCUCUGACUCUUGUGAGGCUUCUGAGUGACUGUGACCUUAACAAACUAGACAUUUCAGUCACUCCCCAUCACAGACUCCAUACCUUGUGUGUUAUUUCCCUUUAUGUUAAUAGGAACAUUUAAAAACUGUCAUCUUCCAAGCCCCUUGGCUCUUGUUGGCAGGGCUGUGCUGCCCUGCCUGCUGUUUGUACUUAGCACAUUAAGAGGCUGCUGCUCUGCAAGCCCCACGGCUGUGGAAGCCAUUUGGACUGUCUUGAUGUAAAUAAAGUGAAGCUGGCAACAAAAUGAAUGAGGGAAUGCUUUUCUGGUUAUUAAAUGCAAUUUGGUCACAUGAAUGUUUCUGUGAAACUUUUCUAGUUUUCUUUCUCCUUAGUCUGCAUUUCAGAACAUGUUCUGAGAGCAGUACUUGCCUCGUGCUGGGAGGAAUUUUGUUUUAACAUUUCAUUUUUGUUGUGCUCUAUAAUGCCUGUGUGUUUCCAUAAAUCAUCUUUGAGGUGUGUUCAGUGGCUCAGACCUUUUUGCUGGUUUAAUACUAGAUUUAUCUGCCUUAAGUUGUCAGUCUUCAGCAGCAGAUUAUUGCUUCCAUGUCAGUCUGUAUCAUUAGUCCUGUGUUUGUCAAUAAAAAAAAUACUUGGGUUAUUGCACUUACAACACUUUUCCCUCUCCACAAACCACUCAGAGUCGGUUUGAAGCUUUAACUUUUUCUCCUGUUGUUGUUACCCAUUACGUGGAAAACCAAGCAAAAUCCAAUACGAAGCACGCUUCUCACUGACUCAGAUCUGCAAUGAGGAGCAAACAGAUCAGGUACAAUUUUCAUAAAUUCUCUGCUGUGUGGUACAAAGUGCUGAGUAGUGAUGGGCAGUCAGUGUGUAAGCUGUGAGUAGAGACUCCCUGUAGUCAUUUAUAACUCCUCAGAGCUGGUGGCCCUUGGAGGAGGCUUUUCAGUGGUGACUGAGUGUUAAAGUUGGAAAGGUCAGGAAAGAAACGUACUCAACACAACUUUAUGUAAAACACUUUAUUGGAGGUUGUGCCAGAACUCUUUGGAAGCAGCAGUAUCCAGGUUUUUAUAGAGAGGCUUCCAUGCUGCUUCCAAGCUUGGAGCUUAAUUCUCAGUGCAAAGCCAGUCCCCUCUGUGUUCCUAGGAAGGAAGUAAAGUCUCUUUUUUAAGUGCUGGAUUAUGUUUUGUUCAGGCGUUUUCAGACCGUGGAGGUUUUUUAAAUUUAUUCUUUGUACACAAAAUAGGCUUUGCAGUAAAUGUGGGGUAUAACUGUGGUUAUUCCUUUUCCCUUUAAAGUUUGCUGUAAUUGUUUUCCAUGUCAUUACUCCCAGUCAGGGUGAUGUGAGAGCGGGGCAGGUACUUGUCUGAUCUGUGUUCCUCAGCUCUGGGUCACUGUGCCAUAUGCUGUGCUGCCUUCCCUGCUGUUCUGGGCUGUCUGUGGGGCACCAGAGGGACACCAGCAGUUUUCCAGGAGCAUUAUCUGCUCUAGGGAAGUGCAGGAGCGAGGUGCUGAGAGCUGGAGCUGCCACUAGGUUGUGCUUGGCUUUCACAAGAGCUGUGCCAGGCUGCCGUGGGGAUGUGAGGGACACAGCCUAUCUGUCCUGCCAGUCUCCAUUCGCACUCCAGUGCUGGUGGGACUGAGUUCUUAGAGUGCUGUCCCCUGGGGCAGCACCUAAUUAGCAGCUGGGUCUAGUGAGUGGUGGCACAGGAGACAGGGGUGCAGGCUGGCAAGGCAUUUCUCCCUCUGCUAAUCCAUGGAAUGGGAAUAGCUCCCACCCCUGCUACGCUCAUGUAGGGGAAGCACAGAGCAGCCUGGGCUUCCAGAGCAACACAGAACUUGUGACUAAAUCCAGCAGCUGGGGCUAAGCAACAAUUCCCAGUCAACACCUGAAAAAUAACGUGGAGCCCCAGUAAUUCCAGAGCUGGCUUUUGCUCAGAAGCCUGGUGAGAAGGCAGAGACCAGAGGAGCCAAAACUGGAGCUGGGCUGUUCAUUCACAGCUGUCCCAUGGAUGAGCAGAACCACGGUCCUAGAACUGCAAGCCGCUCUCUCCAUUGUGCAUGAAUAAAUGAUGGAUGAAAUGACUGCUGGAUUGUAAAUGGAAUUUAUAAUGUUAAUGAUAUAAUACAGUCUCUUGCCACAACGGCUCUCCUUUCUUGUCUUUUUAAGCUGCUUGGAAAGGAGCCCAGUGCCUUAUUCUUUAGUGCAAAUAAAUGUAAGCUAAGCAGCCUUGUACAUGGAAUAUCGCUGACAUGAGACCUCCUGGCCAUAUGUACCUGUCUGCUGCUCAGCCCUUGGCUAAUUUGCCACCAACUCCCAGGAAAAGCAUGAUAGAAAUGAAGGUGGUCUGUGAACACAUUACAUCUGGUAUUGGGAAAACAUAGAAAACCUGAUUUUAUAGUCUGGUGCAGCUGUGCAGUGUUGUCUCUGAUUUCACUGUUGCAUGAAGCAAGAACUCCCUUUGCUGAGGAGAAACCCCAUCAGUUUCCCCUGUCUUUUAACCCCUGGUGUGACACAGUGUGGAUGGAGCUUAUGGAGCCUGGUAUUGUUGCUGGCAGUUAGGUGGUGAAAAGGGGUGGGUUUAGGCUUUCCUCACACGUUUCGCCCUGCAGUGAAAUUUGUUACAACACCUCGAGAAUGAAAAUGCCAAAGGAGCCUUCAGGAGGGUCUGCAGCUUUUCUCUGCAUCUCAAAUCAGGGUGUGAUUUUUAGCCUUUUCCUGGCCAAACUCUCUGGCUCCCAGCCAGAAGGGCAGAGAAGAUGUGGAUACAAAGCUCUUCAAAACCCAGCUCUGCUCUUAUUUCUGAGCAAGAACACUCAGCUCCUCUUUCAUACUUUGUUUUAUUUACAUUUGAGGCUUCUCAUGAAAGCCAAUUACAGAGCAGAACAGGGCAGUGAGACCAUUUUAUUCCCAUUAAAAAGUGUUGGUUCUCUUGCUUCUCCAGCCUCUGUAGGGCUCCUUA